AAAUUCUAACACAGUGGGAAAUGAUAUAUGUAAGCGAAAAGUCGGGGGAAAUUACACGGAUUUAAAAACUGGCGUUGUUAAGUGUUUGUAGAUAGACCCAGCGCUAUCGAACCGAACACUCGAACACGACAAGGUGAUGGCCGAGACUGGAAGACGUUUUGAUGGAUAGCGGGUGAUAUUAGCGAGAGAUAUAUAUUUAAUUUUCGAUCAAUAUCUUGGUCCCUGGAGACUACAGAUUUACGCCGCCAUCUUGGGGUUGUUAAGUCCGUUCAUAUUUAUUUUUCCUGUUUAACAAACUGGAAUCCGAUUAUGAUGUGAUUUUUUUUCUUCUGAACUCUGUCAUUUCGUUGACAUUUAAAUUCGGUGAAAUACAACCUGCCUGUUUUUGUCUGCGAGCUUACAUAAUACCAUCACAAUGUGCCGGUGGGGAUGUGCUCUUCCCAACACAACAUACAUGUGCAAAUGGUGCGGAACACGCUAUUGUAAGGAAUGUCUGAAAGGCGACUUUACCGGCGAGAUGAAAGAACCAACCAAAUGCCGUGUGUGCAACCAGCCUCGGUGUCAAGGUCAAAGAGUGGAAUACGUACCUAGACCAAAGUCUGAAGAAGGGGACAAAAAGCGCAGCAAAUCAGCACCAGCCACCAGGGGGCGCUCCGCAAAAAGUGCCAAAAGUACGAAACCAAAGAGUGGGAAGAAGUCCGGGAAAAAGAAAAAGAAGAAAUAAAUUCUGUAAUUUAAUUAGGCUCGGUAGGAUCUACAUUUUCCAAAGCAACGUGAUAUCAUUAUUAUUAGUGCAUUAAUUAUUGCGCAACAGGGUACCAAAGCAGCUUUCAUCUGUAAAUAACUUUCAUUUGUUGUGCACCCGUUAUUGUAUCUUCACAUUUUGUUACAGUAAACUUCAAUAUAGAAUAUUCUUAUUUUGAUACAGUAAACUUCAAUAUAGAAAUAUUCUUAUUUUGUUACAGUAAACUUCCAAUAUAGAAAUAUUCUUAUUUUGUUACAGUAAACUUCAAUAUAGAAUAUUCUUAUUUUGUUACAGUAAACUUCAAUAUAGAAUAUUCUUAUUUUGUUACAGUGAACUUCAAUAUAGAAAUAUUCUUAUUUUAUUACAGUAAACUUCAAUAUAGAAAUAUUCUUAUUUUGUUACAGUAAACUUCCAAUAUAGAAAUAUUCUUAUUUUGUUACAGUAAACUUCAAUAUAGAAUAUUCUUAUUUUGUUACAGUAAACUUCAAUAUAGAAAUAUUCUUAUUUUGUUACAGUAAACUUCCAAUAUAGAAAUAUUCUUCAAUUUUUCAUAAAGUACUGGAGUAGAGUUACAUCUCUCAUUUUGUCCUUAUAUAGAUACUUCUUCAUAGCCUCCAAUGCAAAACACCAACAUGUACAUUAUCUUGAAACAGUUAAGUCCAUGGGAGUUAUACUUCAUUGUACUGUGUGUACACAUAUCUUAGUGAAAUUGUGUGUGUAAGAAAUAUUUGAUUAAUGCAAAAAACAUUACAUGAACAGGAUCGAACAGUAAUAAUGCCUAUUAUUGUUCUCCUUAAUAGUGAGAUUGUUUGGUGGUGAAGCAAGAUUGCUAAUUUCUAGUUGCGCUAUGAAUUUCUCUAUUUACCCAUUCUCGUACAUAGAAGUGCUUCACCAUGAUCAUGCCGAAAUGGAGCAUCAGCUCCGACUACGCCAAAUUUUAAAUACGCUACAUAAAUACACGUACUGUAUGGGUGUCAACUUUUAGUUGUGUCAAUGAAGGCCGCCAUUCAAAUAAAAAACAAGAGUCUGUGGAGAUUUCCAUUUCUUUAAUUCUGUGACUUCUGUUCACUAAUACACAUGAAACCUACCAAUGAGACAUUCACACUCAGAGACACACACACACACACUCACUCGAGCUGUUCAAUGGUGGAUGGGACUAAGCACAAUUACAAGCUGUGGAGUAUUUAGCACGAUACAGCGGCAAGACUUCUUCAUUUGAUCAACUAACAGAAGGAGACAUUUAAUUACUAAUGCAGUUUCUGAAUACAAAAUGCUUUGAAGUGACCGUUUUGCAAAUACUGUACAUGUUGCUAAAAAUUCUAUGAAGAAGGGGCAAAGUCUUACAUAUACAUGUAGUUGACAAAUUGUUGCCGUUUUUAAUCAAAAAGCAUUAAAUUUCACACACAAAUUCAUCAUUGGGUUUACAUACAUUUCACUACAAGGAUUAAAAACUGGUCCAAAAUUUGUGUGGAACAUUUGAAUACGAAGACCAAGAUCACAGGACUGUGAUGGAAAACAACUUUGAGAUUUGAACCAGCUUGACAUUUUUUGACGAUAUGCAGAAAAUGAUGAGUGGACACCUUGUGAAAUGCAGACAUAAAAUGCUGAGUAAUGCCACCAGAAGUCGGGUCAUAUUGCACAUAAUUGCCGAAACGGCCAUUGAUAUCAGAUUACAAGAUUCCUAGGACAAAUGAUCAGCCUAUGUACAAAAUUUGUAAUGUUUGACAGCUUACACUAGAGUAUAGACACACCGAUAUGUUCUUUUAUAACUAGGGAGCCAUAUCUGAGCUUAUUUGUAAAUUCUUCUUUUUUUCUUUGUUUUCUUUGAUACAUUACUGAAUAUCAGUCUAUCACAACCUGACAAAACAUCUCAGAGACAAUGAUUCAAACAUUAAGAAGAUCAGAAGAAGACCUAAGAAGUAACAAUAACACUCUCAUUAAAAGAAUACGAUGCUUUCCUUACAAAGGCACAUAAACAGAGAAGAUUAGACUUGACCUAUACAGAUUGUGUUCAUAAUUUAAAUACUGAUAUCAAAUCUCAUCCACACACAAGUAUUGGCAUAUCAACCUAUGUAAAAAUUGAAAGAAAAAUAAAUUGUUAAAGAUAUAAAUACUGUUACAAAAAAGUUAACAUUCUAAUAUGCUUAAAAAGGGGAUGUUCUCAACCUUCAAAUUCCUCUGAUCAAAGCCCCGCAACAUCA